AUGUUCCUGCGCAAGUUUUGGAACCAAUGGACGCUCGAGGAGAAUGCACGUCGUAUGACGAUUACCGUGCUUCCCUCUGGUACGAAGAAAGUCCAUCUGAGAUCUCCCAGCGAACUUGCCGAACUAUGCCCGGAGAAAACUCAAGAUACAGCCAGCCGGCCGGGCUAUUCGUUAGCUGGGAUUCGAGCAAAGCCACUGAUGAGCUGUGUGUUCCAUGUUCCACACGCUGAGCGCAUUUACGAUUAUGGUGUCAGUUCCGACGACACCGUGCGUCGUGAAUUGAAUUUUCAACCUCAAACUGCCAGUCUGUUGUUGUUAGCCAGUGGCUCCGAUUGUAACGGUGUAUGUGCCGGUGAUACGUCGUUUUCCGUGCAUAGUUGGGCGUAUACGUUACGGACUUCCGUAGUCGACGUCGCCACAUUUCCUACUGCCAUUGUCCGCCAUUGCGUUGCACCCUUAUGCUGUGGCGCUCAUGGUGGUGCCGUCUGA